UCCAAGCAUCGUGCGAGGGAGAUGCAAAAAAAUGAUUCCGGGGGGCAAUGAGUUGACUCACCUCUCUUGUCGGCGGUGCCUGCUAUAGCUACCACUUCGUGCCGGAUCGAGCCCCCCACACGUUCUCGCACGUCGGCGCGGCAGCAGCGAGCGACACGCUACUUGAUCGCCGAUCGCCGGCGCUAGCUCAAAACUUACAGGAACGGAACACCAGCUCCUCACCAUUCCGUUCCAGCCCGCGCGCCUCCCAAAAAUGAAGCCAGCAAGCGGCGGCAGCCCGCUGGCCGUCCGGAGAGCCGCGUCCACCACCGGCCUGCUCUUCGUCCUGCUGCUCGUCGCCUUCACCGCGUCCAACUACUCGUCCCUCAACACCGACCGGCUCAUCGGCGCCGCGCCGUCGUCGCGUGCGAAGCAGGCGGCGGCGCCGGCGUGCGACGUCGCGAGGGGGGAGUGGGUGCCCGACCCGGCCGCGCCCUACUACACCAACGCGACGUGCCCGUUCAUCGACAGCCGCCAGGACUGCAUGAGGUACGGCAAGCCCGGGCUCGGCUCCAUCCUGCGCUGGCGGUGGCGGCCCCGCGGCCGCGGCUGCGACCUCCCGCGCUUCGACCCGGCCGCCUUCCUCCGCCUCGCGCGCCACCGGUCCAUGGCCUUCGUCGGCGACUCCGUCGCGCGCAACCACCUGCAGUCGCUCAUGUGCCUCCUCUCCUCCGCGGCGGAGCACCCGCGGGAGAUCCAGCCCAGGGACUGCGUCCACUGCACGCGCACUUACCACUACCCCCGGCACAACUUCACGGUGACCGUCUUCUGGGCGCCGUUCCUGGUGCGCUGGAACCUGACGCGCGCGGGGGCGCUGCAGUUCAUGGACCCGCACAACGUGUUCCUCGACGAGCCCGACCCGGAGUGGGCGCGCCGCGUCGCCGGCUACGACUACGUCGUCCUCAGCGGCGCCAAGUGGUUCACCCGCCCCGCCGUGCUCCACGAGCGCGGCCGCGUGCUCGGGUGCAGCGGCGACGGCUGUGUCGGCGACCCCGUGCCGCCGCACCGCGCCGUGCGCGCGGCGUUCCGGACCGCGCUCCGGGCGCUACGGGACCUCCCGGGGUUCCGGGGCAGGGUGGUCGUCCGCACCGUGGCGCCGCCGCACUACGAGAACGGCAAGUGGUACGACGGCGGGAACUGCCUCCGGACGCGGCCCACGCAGAGCGGCGAGACGGCGCUCCCGGAGACGGAGGCCGCGUUCCACGCCGCGCAAGUCGAGGAGUUCCGCGCCGCGGCGGCGGGCGCGGCCGAGCCGGGGCGGUUCGUGCUGAUGGACGUCAGCGACAUGAUGCAGAUGAGGGGUGACGGGCACCCCGGGCAGUACGGGCACUGGCCGCACGAGAAGGUCGGAUUCGGCAUCGACUGCGUGCAUUGGUGCUUGCCAGGCCCCAUCGACGCUUGGAGUGAGCUGUUGCUUCAUCUGCUCACCGACUAAUUGAUGAUUUUUUUCAAUAAGAGAAAUUUUAUUUAAUUCAAGGUUUUUACAUCGAGUUGAUACAAAAAAUUUAAACAUUCCCGACCUCUGUAUUAAGAGAAUGCACACAGCCUAAAAGAAAAAAAAGUCAUGAACCAAGACGCUAAUGACUGUCAAUCUGUAGACUAGACUGUUAUCCAUGUGCUCGGGUAAAAAAAUCUUUGACCAUCAGCACCAACUGUUGCGAU